CUCUAAUUACAAAACAAGAGGUUAUUUUACCUUGGCAAGCGAGCGAAACAGUCGAACAAAACACAAUGGGUUGGGCUAAUUAGGCACAAGUAGAGAGAUACGUAAGUUGCUUGCUUUUGGCCAUAUAUCAUUCUCAACGCUCUUUGUUGUUCUGCCUUGAACAAGCAGCUUCCUAUUCAUGUAGAUGCCGCUGCACUGUCUCUCCUUCGACACAGCCUCUCCAGGCGACGACCCUCUUCCCAAUCCUCCCCUAGAGGCCGUGGCCUCCUCUUCCAGAAACGCUUCCAAUCCCUCUCCCAACUUUAACCUCAGCCGCGAGUUGGCUCACGCUUUUCAGACCCCAUCCUACCACGACAUACGUUCACGGGUUCACGUGGUUGAUCCCUCCCACUCCCACUCCCAGCAUCAUCAUCAUCAUCUGCUCAUCCAACCGGACGUCGGUGGUGAUCGGACCGAGCUGCUUCUCUCUCAAGUUCUCCAACCAAACAAGGAAUGCGUCCAAGAAUCUCUUGCCCACGCCAAGUCAACUACACUCACCCAUCUCAUCUCCGCUUACUUCCAACACAGCGAAGACGCCACCCGCCUCUGCUUGAAUCUUUACCAAAGCGUCCACAGCGCUCGCCACCUCUACACACCCCUCUUUGACCUCUUCCACAUCCUUCCCUCUGAUUCCCACGCCAUUGACGAGUCCCUCUGUAACUUGGCUUUCGACGUUUUCCUCAAGCUCGACACUUUUGACAACCCUUUCUCAUCCUCUCCGGAAUCCCACAGCUUUCGAGGGACUCAGUUAUGUUUCUCCCAGCUCAAGCACAAGCUUGAUGCCCGUCUCCGUAAGUCUAGGUCACGGGUCCGCCUCCUCCACCAUGCCACAGCUGGUCCCCUGUGCAGUCCCUACCUACCUCACAGUUUGAAGAAGAAGGAGUUGACUAACAUUUCUCAGCUCAAUGCUGCUGCCAAGGGAACUUUUGUGCUCAACAAAGAUCUCGACACCAUUGACCGUCUUGUCUCCCGCCUGCACACGGGGAUUGAGUACGACAAGCUUUUCAUUCGACUUGGAUUGGAGAGGGGGAGGGACGUGUAUUCAGUUCAGGAGAUUUUGAAACAGCUUCGCAAGAGCCACCUUAACCUCACCCAUCAGCUCAAGGAUCUUGAGGAUCAUAUCUGCCUUUGGUUCACCAACGUUAACAAAGCUAGAUCCUUGCUCCUUCAAGAGAUCCAUCUUCCCCGAAUGUAAACAACUUUUUCUAUCAGCUUAUAUAUAUAUUUUUUUGGUUCUUACAGUAGCCUGAUAUUACGGGUAAUUGUUCAUAGACUUGCCUGCC